GCCACAGCAUCUUCUCUGCCUAGCCUGUCACACAUCACAGCUUGUGAAUGCACAGAUUUAUGCUGAUCAUGCUUCUUUUAUUAUUGGCUUUUCUAAAUGCAGCUGUGCAGGCCAAAAUCAAUGCAUUUAAAGGUCCACCAGAGAAUGUGACGUUUACAUGGCAAAAUGAUAAAAUAACCGUUCAAACUACAAUACCACAGUAUAAGAUAAAAAUGUCAAACUAUUGCUUUCAAAUGGUUCUACAGUGGAAGAGCAGCAAUGACAUGGGAUGGAAGAUAACUAUGCCAUCUUCAAAAUGCUCCUCAGUGAAGGCAUUGUUCUAUUGUUCUUUUUAUGACCAAAACCUGUAUCCAGAGAACUGCUUCCAAAUACAGCUAAAAUUUCAAACACUUAAGGUUUGUGCACCUCACGAAAGUGAAUGGAGUCAAACUAUCUUCACAAAGAAUGGCAGUGUAUUAGAUUCGUGUGCUGAAGUCACCAGCCCGACCCCAAUAGAGGGUGUGAAUGAUUCAUUUCUACAAAGAUACCUUUUCAUCAUUAUAUUUUCGACAAUUUCUUGUGUGGUCUUCUUUGUUAUAUUAUCACUUGGAUGUGCUAUGGACAGAGUGAAGAAAUGUAUAUUUCCAGCAAUACCAGACCCCAAAAAUGUAUUCUCUGAACUGUAUGACAGUCACAGUGGAUACUUACAGGAUUGGAUAAAGACGUCUGAAAAUGAAAUACAGCAGGAAGAAAUAGGGUGGACAAUGGAUGAGCGGCAUGAGGAACAAAUGCCAAUAUGUGUGAAAGAAAAUGAGCCUGUGAUGCCAGAAAACCAACUCGAUAAUGCCAAACAUGAGGAAAUUGUCACUGCAUCUGCGUCAACUGAAGAGAAUGUCCCUGAUCUUUGUUUCGGAAAUAUAAAUAUUACAACAAAUGAAAGCAUGUAUAUUGUUCUUUAAAUGCCUGUUAUCAAGCAAAUCUGUUGCAAAACAGUAUGCAACCUGUUACAAAUAAAAAUGGCAGAAGUAUUGCUUGGCAUUAGCAGACAGUAUUACUAUACUGUAGAUAUAUAUAUAUAUAUAUAUAUAUAGAUAUAUAUAUACAUAAAUAAAUAAAUAUCAUUAAGGCUAUUAACAAUUGACUUUGCUUCAAUAUAUGUCUGACCUAUUAAAUUAUUAAUUAAAUCACUUGUAUUUGGUUUAAAAAUAAACUGUAAAAUGUUUUAAUAUCCCCUGACAUACUAUAAAUCCAAUCAUAAAGAAAUGGAGAGAAUAUAGAGCCGCUGUGGAUUUGUCUUGAAUUUUCUUAACCUCUUAAUUGCCUUUAGACAAUAUUCCUUUGCACAACAAAUAAUAGUGUUACAAACUUUGAUAACGCUGAGAAAGAACCUGCUUCCUGGACAUUUUAUGGGUUCAUUAUCUCUUCUCCAUCAAAGGGCAUAUAUAGACUGGGAAUCAGCAGUGGUAUGUCCUUUGGAGUACAGAAAUAUGAAAUGGUAUUUGUAAAUAUAGAUGUGCGGUUUCGAAUUUACUUGGUUUUACUUGUAUCUCAAAAUGGCAUCUUAUUGGCUAUUGGCUCUCCAGUGUUUUGGAUAGCCAAUAAGAUGAAUCAGGAUAAAUCAGAACUUGCGCUAUUUUGGAGAAAGGAACAGAGUAAAUCAGGACCUGCAUAUCUCUAUUUGGAAAUAUAGUUUGCUCAGUUUUUAACAUGUAAAUAAAUUAUAACCCAAUUUAGUAUUAAUGUUUCAUGUUAAAGGCACGUUACAGUAUUUUGCUAUAUGGAACAUUAGGUGUGGAUCAUUAGAUCGACAGUGUCUAGGUCGACAAUGUUUAGGUUGACUACUAUAGGUCGACA